GAAAUAGAGAAAGAAGGGGAGGCGGGCUCACACACCACCGAAACCUAAACAUGGUGGGUAGUUGCUGUGGACAAUGCCAGAGGGAUUUUGAGAAGUGAAGUUUUGAGUCACGAGGAACUCAAAUUCCAACGGAGAAAACCGCCGUAGGUGCUGCUCUCAAAGGCCCAAAUAUCGCCUGCGAGGUGGACGGACGCCUGAUUCGUGUGAGCGAGAGUCUGGCCUCCCACCCUAGCCUCAAAUGAGGGAUUAUUGUUGCCAUGGGAACAAGUACAGCAUUGUAUCAGACAACUUACCAGAGGAGGAGCGCCUGAAGAUCUCCAGCUUGGAUCUCCAUAACGGUCAUAGGUCCUCCAUCGUCCCCUUACACUGUGACACAGAACCAGACAACAGGAAGAGAAGGAGGAGGUCAGGAGCCUCCGCUGCUGUGCCCGGCACAAGGGGACAAGGCGGUAUGAGCAACUACAACGGCAGGGUUCUGACAAGGGGCUCCAGCCAGGUACGGAGCCGCUUUGUGAAGAAAAAUGGACAAUGCAAUGUUGUCUUCACCAACAUGGAGGAGAAGAGGCAGCGCUAUCUAGCAGACAUUUUUACCACCUGUGUGGACAUCCGCUGGCGAUACCUGCUGUUUAUAUUCUGCACCAGCUUCAUCGUCUCCUGGCUUUUCUUCGGCAUCAUCUUUUAUAGCGUCUCUCUGUCACAUGGGGACUUUGAGGAGCCACUCAUGGUGAAGAAUGAAGGACUAGCCACAGGGGGGCUGUAUUCACCCUCCUCUGGGCACGGCACUGGAGGACAGACAAAAAGGAUGCCCUGCAUCCUCCAUGUCCAAGGAUUUGUUGGUGCCCUCUUGUUUUCCAUGGAGACCCAGACAACCAUCGGUUAUGGGUGGCGCUGCGUGACCGAGGAGUGCCCCGUGGCUGUCCUCACAGUGGUGGUUCAAUCCAUUGUAGGCUGCAUCAUUGACUCUUUCAUGAUUGGCACCAUUAUGGCCAAGAUGGCUCGGCCAAAGAAGAGGAACCAGACGCUCGUGUUCUCCAAAAAUGCAGUUGUUUCCCUUCGUGAUGGCAAACUAUGCCUGAUGUGGAGAGUGGGGAACCUGCGUAGGAGCCACAUCGUGGAGGCUCACGUCCGGGCGCAGCUCAUCCGGUCCUACGUGACAGUCGAAGGUGAAUUCAUCCCCUUGGAGCAGAUGGACCUCAAUGUGGGCUAUGAUGAGGGCACAGACAGGUUGUUUCUGGUGUCCCCACUGGUGAUAGUCCAUGAAAUAGACAAAGACAGCCCCUUGUAUACUUUAAGCCGAGCUGAUCUGGAGACUGAUGAAUUUGAGAUUGUUGUGAUACUAGAAGGAAUGGUGGAGGCCACGGCCAUGACCACGCAAUUCCGUAGCUCCUAUCUUUCCAGGGAGAUCUUCUGGGGCCACAGAUUUGAGCCCGUCAUUUAUGAGGACCGCAACUGCUACAAGGUGGAUUACGCCCGCUUCCACAAGACUUACGAGGUGCCGUCAACGCCCAACCUCAGCGCCAAAGAGCUCGACGAGGCAGCGGGUCGGGUCUCCUCUGUGGUUUCUCCCGCCUCUGCGUGCAUGUCCUCGAAAAGCUUGAUCCCUCGCUCUGUCAGCACCUUCUGCUAUGAGAACGAGGUAGCACUGAGCUGCGGGGAGGAAGACGAAGACAUCUUUGACUCCUCUCAGCUUGUCGGGAAGGAUAGAGGAGAGGAGCGAAGGACCUCAGUUUCUGUUGACUUCCAAAAUAUGUUCAAGGACACCGCCACCAUGACAUCUGGGAGUCACAAUGUCAUGUGUGUUCUGGACAUGGACAAUAACCAGAUGGAGUUUGACAUCCUACAGACCGCCAUUCCUCUUGAUCCAGUGACCUACAAGAACGAGCCGGAGAUGUGAGGAGCUGAGAGAGGAAGCACGAUUACAUUUUUCUGAGCAGAAGAGGGAUUUUCCAUAUUGUGUGCAGUUUUGGCUUUAAUAUAGUGACAUCCGAAACCCCUUUUGCCUUGUCGGUUUAAGUGUUUCACAGUCCUGGCAGUCAUGUAGAACUUGCAAAGUUGACAAAUCUGUUCUCUGAUUGACUUUCAAGGCUGUUUUUCUCAGAGCAAAUAAUGUCAAUUGAAUGAAUUAGUUCCAGACAAAAACGAUUUCCAGAAAACCUUCAUGAACGGGACAUGCUUCCUCUUUGCCGUUACCACCGCGGGGGCGUUGCAAAAAAAACAACAUAAAAUGCAAAAACCGCUUCCUUCAAUGCGCUUGGUGGUUUGAAAUCCCAAUUUUGUUGGACUCCUUGGGCAUAUUUUUCCAGAUAAUUUGGGUUGAACUUGGGUUGAAUUUCCGGGGCGUUUGACCUUGGAUGCUCCCCCGUUUUAAGUUCUAUAGGAUUGCGGCAUACAGCAAUGACACACAAUGAAGGGAAGAUGUUGCAAAGCUGCUGUAACAGGAAACAAAGGGAUUCAGUUUGAGUAAAGUCUCUUGAAAAGUGCAAUAAGGACUGGUUGAGGAGGAUAAAGUCAAGUCCAACUGGUUCUUAUUGUGGAUUUUGUUGUUUAUAAUGGUUUUCAUGUCUAAUUGAAUGAUUUCAAUUGUGUGGGCUAUGAAAUGGUUCAAUGCAUUAGCCAGUGGCACAACACAAUCGUUUUCAAUUUGACCUAUGACUCCUCAUCUGCUGUUCCCAUCAUACUGCAAUAUGUUUAUUGAUGAACCUUUGGUUCCUUUAUUUUAGUUCAACUUGUUUUUGUCUGUUUCGUUGUUUGAGAUGUGUGUUGUGUGCAAGUGUGGACCUGCUAAAACAGAGGUGUCCAAAGUGCGGCCGGGGGACCAUUUGCGGUCAGUGACUGCUGCUUCUAAAAGUAGAAUUUAAGUAGAAUUUAAAAAAAAGAAAAAAAAAAGAGUAACAAUGGAAAAAUCAGCAGUAAUUUUACAAGAAUAAAGUCAAAAUAUUAAGAAAAAAAGUCGUAAUUUUCAUGAAUGAUAUCGUAAUGUGAGGAAAAAUAACAUUUUAGUAGCUUCAGGUUGAAGUUUUAAGGAAAAAAGAUAUAUUUUUAAAGUUGGAAUAUCAUGGGAAACGAAACAACACAUGAAGCUGUAAUUUUUGGAAAAUUAGGUUGUGGAAAAAGUUAUAAUGCUACAAGAAUAAACAAAGUACAAGUAUAAAGAGGAAAAAAAGGCAUAUUCUGACGAGAGAAAGUAACCAUUUGAUGAGAAUAUACUUACUCGGAAUAUUAUAGGAAAAAUAAUGUCAUUUUAGUAGCAUAGAGGUGAAAUAUUAAAGGAAAAUGCUAUUUUUUUAAGUCGUAAUAUUAUGAGGAAAAAAAUAAUAAAGUUGUAAUUUUGGGAAAAUUAGGUUGGGGCAAAGCUAUAAUGUUACGAGAGUAAAGAUAAAAUACUACGGGAAUAAAGUCAUAAUAUUACCAGGAGACAAUUUACAAAGAUUAUUUAAGAAGAAAGUUGAAAUUUUUGGAAAUAAAAAACAAAAACAGCAAUAAUGGGGCACCGCGUAUCACAUAGCUUGAAAUGUUCUUGAAAUAUAUGUAAUACAUGGAACUUCUUAGCGGCCCUUGCACCUUUUGUCAUGUAGGCUUCUAAAACUACGAUCAUCUCCUUUUGCAGUGCUGAAGUAGAUGGUCAAAUCCAGCUUUGGAACCAAAAAAGGCAUACACAACAAAAUGAAUAGAGCGUACAGUGGAGCCCCUGCACAGUCGCGAUUCAGCAUUCAUGACGCCGCAAAUUUGCAAUGAAAAAGUCUUGUUUUUCCCUCUGAAAAUAGGGAAAACAUAGGACAAACAUUCACUCUAACUUGAUUUUAAUUUAUAACUCCAGUACGUGUUGACACGGUAAAAUGAACAACAUUACAUGUCAAAACCAGACAGACCCCAGGGAUCUAAUGUAUACGGUAUUGUACAAUGGUAUCUGCAAAGCCCUCAAGUUACCUGGGUUUUUAUUUUUACUUUUGUGGUGAAGGCAAAUGAUAUUUUAUGUAAGAAAGUAUUUUACGUACUUUGCUGCUGAGUCUUCCUGCUUUGUACAUUUUCGAACUGCACACGGGCAAUAUCUUAUUUGAAAUGAAAUAAGUUGGCAAGAAAAAAAAAACAAUGAAAGCACUUUAAUGUAUCAUGUUUACCUUUUGAUGUUAUCAAUAAAUAUUUGUAUUGUAUUGGUUUAUUCCAAGUCAUUCCGGUAACAAUACUCAGCUGUGUGUCGGGGACGUGUUCUUUCCUAAAGAAUAGUGUAGAUUUGAAUGUUUGUUGUUCCAUUUUUUUGCCGUUAGAUGUCGCUGCCUCCAUUGACAGGAGAUGAGACCACAGAUGCAAACACAACAUCACGCGCGCCGUUGGAGGAGCUCCAGUUAUAAUGGUAUCUAGAAAUACAUGUAAAAGAACAGAGUAAGGGAACACUUCAAAUGUUUAUGUGUGUGUAGGUAAACAGGAUAUGUAAAAUACCUUUUCUAAGUGGGGACUGACUCCAUGCAAAUACUGCAUUUCAAGAGAAAGUGUGGCCUGCACUUGGGUUGAGUGAAACUGCCUAUUUUGGUAUCAAUCCGAUAUUUUGUGAUUUUGCCUUCAUCAUUACUAGAAUCAAAAUAAAACAGGCAAAAAAUUAGCAUCAAACUUGAUAUUUAACAAUACAAUCUAUAAAUACAAUUGUUUGAGCAAAAAUAAUAAUAAAGCAAUCCCUCGUUUAUCGUGGUUAUUGUGGUUCCAGACCCGACAGUGAUAAGUGAAUUCCUUAUUUAUAAAUUGAAUAUUUUCAUAGUUGGAGCAGAGAAAACCUGUUUAUGACAUUCUAAAUACGUUUUUUUAAUAUUAUUAGAGCCCUCCUGACAUGAAAUAACACCCCUAUAGUCACCUUUGCACUUGUAUUACCAAAUAUAGUAAAUACAAUAACGGAAAAUAAGCCAUUUAAGACAUAAAUAAAACUUGUGUUUGUGUGCUUUGCUAGGGGAGAUGAGUGGGUGGCGGACAGGACGUGACGUCAGGGUUCAGAGUUGCGUUUUAGCUUGACUGAAGGUGGGUUACGGCCGCAACAGUAACCCAUGUUAUUAUUAGGAUUAUUAUUAUGUUAUUAUUAUUGUGCCUGUUGUGAGAUAAAGUAUCUACAAAUACAUUCAUAAAUGGAAUAUUUUUGUAGUUAGAGCCCGUUUACAACCUUCUAAUUACAGUUUUUAACAUUAUUAGAGCCCUCUUGACAUGAAAUAGCAACCCUAUAUAGUCACCUGUACACUCGUAUAGUAGACAAUAAAGACUCACACGUUAGCAUCAAAGAGUUCCUUGUUGUUGUUCCUUUUUACCUCCGAUUUCUGCAAAGUACUUCCUGCGGUGGCCAUUGUCUCAUCAAUGUAACAUUACUGACACGUAGUGGCCAGUGUAGAAUACUAUAUACAGUAUUACCACGUGUCUAUUUUAGUUCAUUUAGCCAUUGUUAUGCUUCAAAAUGUGAAAUUUAGGCCAAAAAUACAUAAGAUUUGCUUAAACGUGCAUAUAUUUCUUUUCUAAUAAUAGGCCAUAUUCAAACACAAAACAGCAACGAUUUAUUAAUUAGCACAUUUUGAAAAAACAUAAGAGAGUGAAGCCGCAAAAUUCGAAGCACGAAGUGGCGAGGGACAACCAGUGGCGAGGGACGACUGGUGGCGAGGGACGACCGGUGGCGAGGGACGACCGGUGGCGUGGGACGUAGUGCAAAAAUCAAUCCAACAAUAGCAACAAUGUAACAGUACGACCAGCACAACAACAACAAAAACAGAUACUUCAUCACGCCAGUAUCAAUGCCGUACUGAUACCACACUUUCACGGUAUCGAUACUACAUGUGUAUCGAUCUGCCCACCCCCAUCAUCCUGCACACAGUCUUGUGAUCACCUCAACAAAUAAGCGUAAAAACUGAAGCUGUGGGAUGCUUCAACUGCAAAACAAUGUUUCCUGUUUUGGCCUGAGAGACACAAAGGAAACUGUUUGCAGACAGACCCGUAUCGAGCCGGGGUGGAAUUUAGAUGAUACUAAGAUUAGAAGAUGAAGAUGUGAGCCCUCCUAAUGUACUGUACUUCAAUCAUUAUUAUUAUUAUUUUUCACCGCUUAUCGCUAAAUCUAAAUGUGCAUAAGCGUACAUAUUUUUUUGACACGACAGUCACGGCCUUCAGUCAACUGACAAAUGUCUUGUAUUCAGUCACUGGUUAUCAAGCAGACGUGAGGGACAGAGACGGAUUUCAGUGUUUAUGAUUGGAGUGGUGGCGCGUGGUCAUAGAAGUAUGCUGUUGUGUUCCUUUAACUCAUACAAAUGUGUCAUAUAGGGUCAUAAGUAUACGUUUACAACAUGGCAACAACACUGUGCUAACAAACAUCGCAUUGAUAGAAGAGAGAUGAAAGCGGCGCGUUCCGUGGAGACGCAUGCACACACAACGGAUCGUUGUGAUCCUUUUCCCCAAGGGGUGCUGGUGGGGUGGGUGCAGCUGGGCUCUUUCUCGUGACCCGCCCACAAGCUUAACGGCUCCGGGGCCAACAUCUAGCAUCAUAGACUCACUCACCACCCUACAAAAUACUCUGAUGGAAUGAUUGCAGAUGCUUUAUCAGAAUAUCGACUAGCCCUUUUAAGCUAAAAGCACGGAAUAGUAAAUACUGAACAUGAGGUGCAGGACAGUUGGACGGAUAUCCGAUACCAAGUAAACACAGGGUCAGUAUCGCAGAUACCGAUACCAAUACUUUUUACUUGGACAUUUGUCAAGAUCAGUGAAUGAUUUUUUUGAUGCACUUUUUUAGCUUGAAUUUGUUGAGCAAUUUGAAACAAUAUAAAACAAUGCAAAACAUAGAAGCAUAGCACAGAAAGACCUUCUAAAAACAGUUUUAACAGAGCCCUCUAGACAUGAAACAGAACCCCUAUGGUCACAUUUACGCUUGUAUUACCCCAUACAAGACAAAAUAACAAAUUUAAGACAUAAAUAAGACUUGUGCUUGUGUGUGUUCCUGUAAAUUUGUUCCAGCGCUAGCUGAGCUGAGGGGGGGACAGACAGGAAGUGACGUCGGGGGUUCAGAGUUGAGUUUUAGCUUGGCGUGGGCUACAGACGCAACAGCGGGCCCUUUAUAGUGCCUGUUGUGUGAUCAUUCAAACCUGCAGUAAAAGCCUGUUGUUCCAGCGAUCAGGUCUGGUGCUUGUGUGUCUCACCAAACAUCCCAGUAAAAUUACUGACACCUAGUGACCAGUGUGGAAUACUACAUCCGAUCUUUGAAUGAGUCUUCUGAAUGCCUUAUACAUAUAUUUGUAUUUCAGUUCAUUUUUUCCAUUUUUCUGCUUGAAAAUGCGUAAUUUAAGCAAUAAUACGUACAAUUUGCUUAAAUAUGCAUAUUUUGAGACAUAAUUGGCCACAGUCAACCAAAAAAAACAGCAUGAUUUACUCAUAUGUUUUUGAAAAAUCCUUUCAGACCACAUGUGAACGUGAUGCUGCCGUUCCCGUCACCAAGAUGGCCUUUUGAGUCUCAGGAGGACAGGAAGUGCAUGUCUGCCGGUGACAAACAAAUGAAAGGAGAGAACGAGGGCGAGCCGUGCAGGAACCGGCCUGGAGGCUAUCGGCUUUUCAUUAGCGGGUCACUGAGUGAAUGAGUGCGACGGUCAAACAGGAGAAGCCAUGCUGGGUCAUGACAGUUAUUAGGGUGAUUUGGGGCUCCCUAUUGUGCAUUGUCUGGGCAGUGAGCAACAGAGUGAGUCUUUGUGCGGGACAUUUAACUGCCUGUUAGCAUGCUAAUUAUGGGAUAUGUGUGUGUGUGUGCGUGUAAAAUGGUUUCCAUCGCAGGAGGAGGUGCUCCAAGAUGCCUCCAUCUCUCUCCUGGGACCUCCACCUCUCCAAUUCCUCUUCCUCUAUCACUUCUUUGUCAUCGGCCAAUUGUGAAACGAAAUUAUCUUUGCUUAUGUCGGAAGAUACUUCCAGGCUUGUGGUUUGCAGCUCCCUCUCUUUCCUUGUCUUAAUUCCGAAUCUCUGUGCUUUUACGGUUCUUUUUGAUCUGUCUCAUUUCAUUAUCAGCUGCUUCCUGUUCUUCCAUGAUUGGAUCGGCUUUGCUUUCCCUGCAAGAUAAAUUCUUUAUUGAUCCAUCCAGAAGGGAAUUUCAGAGCCUCGAUCACAAUCAGUGUCGGGCACUGUCCUUUUAUUUUGGGAUAGAAAAUUCCAGCAUGCAAAGCAAAUACUCCUUUGCGUCCUGAGCAGUGCUUCUUUUUCACCUGGAUUAGGGGUGUUCCAUUACAGAUUCCCAAAAUAUUUGAGGCCAAAGAGCAAAACCCUUGAGAGGAGAAGAAUGGGUCCAGAAACUCAUGUGGUGGACACAAACAUGGCGAAACUAAAGUAUACUGAGGCUAAAAUCAUGGAACAAAAAAUUCUAAUCAUGAAAAAAAACACGUAAUUUUGUCUGGUGAUCUUUAAAUACUUUAGCCUUAAAAAGGACAAGAACUACGCAAGACAAGUGAACCAAAAACGAGUUUGGUCAUGACUGAACUUGAUGGUCACGAGCCAUAUUGUGGGGUACUUCGGCUACGUUCACACUGCAGAGUGUGAUGCCCAAUUCGAAUUUUUUGUUAAAAUCCGAUCUUUUAUGUGGUCGUUCACAUUCCCAAAAAGUAUGCGUCCAGGAAGUGAUGUGCACGCGGAAAACACAAGCUUUGCUUGCUCCCGAGGACUUCCGGACAGCUGCCUUUUGUCCGAUUACUUACACAAAAUAAACACAAUUAGGAGACUGAUAAACUGUUACUUACGGCUUGCUCUAUAACUCUUCAACACGACCAAGUAACGUUGGAAAGGCGUCGGAUUUCAGACUUCGGACUUUUGGCGGAUAGUCCAGCUUCGUAUUGACCCAUGUUGACAAAACAGUCCUAUGUGAAGUGCCGCGACCACUUCUGCCUGAUGCUUGCCUCUUUAGGCACACCCCAACAAACAUUUCCUUGCUCGACGUGCUAACACGGUGAACAGAGCAGAGCGAAGCAGAGCAGGAGGAGGGCAGGCCAGCUUUUUCCUGGGCAUGCCCAUAUAAGGAAGUCCGGGUUGAGUUGACCUGUCCGGUAAAUGUGACCUCGCCGUUCAGACUGCAGUAGCUCGCGUACAUAUCGACGGGUUACAUGAGCAAAAAAAUGGGGAUUGACCUGCAGUGUGAACGUAGCCUUUGUAGCAUUUUAACUUCUUUUAAAUGUGCAUAUUAAUCUGAAUGAUGCCUGAAUGAUUCCAACUGUUUUCUUUCUCAUGUUUCAAAUCCUAAACGCGGAAUCAUUGUCCAUGUGCCGUGUAUUAGCAACAUAAGUGAAUUAAAGGGUGAACGAAGAGGCAACAGCUACUUUGACUCAUGAUAGCAUUUAUUACGUUUACGCAACAUUAAAAUGGUAUUACAUUUAUUCACAGGCAUUUAUGCUCUUAUUUUAGCCCAAAUUAUUGAGAAAACAUUCUAACACAAGUUACUACUGUCUAUCAGUGCUUCACAACCUUCCUUGAGCCAAGGCACGUACUUUACGUUGGAACAAUCUCAUGGGACCCCGCCAAUCAAAAAUAUUACCAGAAGUGUAUACAGUAGAGUGGAUCCAUGCACAUUUGAGAUUCAGCAUUCAUGGCCCCGCAAAUGCGAAAAUAUUUGGUUAUAAAAUGUUUUUUAUUUCAAUAAUUUUUAUUAAUUAUUAAUAAUCAACAUAUACUAUAUAAUGUAAUUAACAUAUAUAUAUAUACACACACACACACACACACACACAUCCAGUAUAUACAUACAGUACAUAUAUAUAUAUGUACUGUAUGUAUAUAUAUA